AUCACUCAUCAAAGCAUAUCACACACACAUACACUUUCUCUUCUCUUCUUUUCUUUGGUAUCAUUUUCCUCUUUUCUAAACAUUCAAAUGGCCACAGUGGAGGUUGAACAAGCGACUCCAGCAGCAGCUGAGAACGUCGAGAUGCCACCACCAAAGGCGGUGGAGCCGGUGGAAGUCGCCGUCGCCGUCGUUGAAGCAGAGUCUGCUCCAUCUCCGGUAGCUGAAUCUGAAGCUCCCGUCGAAGUAACAACUAAAGACGUGGAAGAACCAGAGAAACCAACAGAAGAAACAGAGGAAAACAAAACAGAAACAGAGGAAAACAAAACAGAAACUGAGGAGAUCAAGAAAGAGGAAGAAGCUCCGGUGGAAACUCCGGCGGUUGUGGAGGAAGAGAGCAAAACAGAGGAAGUUGUAGAGCCUAAGAAAGACGAAGAAGAAGAAAAGAAGACAGAGGAAACUCCUGCGGUUGUGGAGGAGGAGAAGAAGCCAGAAGCAGAGGAAGAGAAACCCGCUGAAGUAGCCGCCGUUGUGGAAGCUCCGGUGGAAAAGGCUGAUGAGUAAAUUGAAGAAGAAGCUAGCAAGUAAUAACUUGCUACUUUUAAGUACGUUGCGUCUUGGUUUUGUUGUUUGAGUCUGUGACUCUUGCUUCUGCUAUUGCAUCACUCUCUUUUGUUUUUGUUUUUGUUAAAAAAAAGUAUUUUCAAUGCUUAUUAUAAUCAUGUAAUGAAUCGCCUUUGAAUAAGAUAAUACAUUAUUUAUAUAUAUAACUGUGCUUGAUCAUGAAACAAAAUUCAAAAUCUUAUCACAGAAACUCCAACAAUUCACAUCAAGAGAAUCAAUGAGAUCAAAAAUUACAUCUUUGUGUGGAUCCAAUUGUUUACACUAACACCAUCAAAUUUAGAUGUCUGACAUGGUUGCUUCAGUAAUAUUCAAACUAAGUUUUAUCUGUUUUCCUCUUAAUUCCAGUGAAGAUAGCCAUUAACUCAGCCACAAGCUCAUCGUCAUCAAGCUUCCUCACAUACCUUUUUAAGAAGGUCUCAUCAGUACAUACCAAGACAGACGACAAUGAAGGGAGUUCACUUCCGAUCAAUCCUUUGGACAUGAGAGCUUUGACCACGUUACACCUUGGCACCAUCCUCUUCUCCAUACUACUUCCAAGUACCGAAGGGUUUGAAACCAAAGCCUUUAGUGGCCAAUUCAUCUUCUUCACCAGAAACUCGGUCUUCUUCUUCAACGUCUCUCCGGAUAAAUGAAGACACGGAGGAAAGCACUUGACCAUCAUCAAAAACUCUUCUCUUGUGAAUCCAAGGGCAAGGCAUGUUUCAAUGGAGUUCUCUAUCCUCUGCUCCGAAACUCCAAUGCAGUGCGGAGAUCUCUUUAGCACCGAGAGGACCUCGUCAUCGAGUAGUCCACACUUCUUCAAAGUUUCAAACUUUUGAGUUACUUUCUUCUCCGAGUAUGUCAGAGACCCUGGGCACUUCUUGAACAUUUCCCAUACGUCUCCCGCGGAAAAUCCCAACCUUUUAAAGAAACUGACUUUCUCUUCUAUUGUCCUGUCGCUGAGAUCGUAAACAACUUGCAGAGCUUGAACAAACUUUGAGGAUGUUGGAUCAAAACCCAUGUCAACGAUCUUCUUGAGAGACUCUUCAAACCUUUCUUUACCGCAGACAUGUGCGCACUUGGAGAUGAGCAAAGGGAACAACAAACGCUGAGGCACGCCAAGCUCUCUCAAAACCGAUACAUUUCUGAUUUUGUUCACCAGAGAGCCCCGUGGCGAAGCAGAAGAUUGACAUAGCUUUCCGAAACUGGAACUCUUAUCCGCUUCUAUAAUCUCUUUGACGAAAUCGUAGUAUCUGCUUCUGGUUAUGUCCCCUUUCUUCCCCAAGAUCUCGGGAACUUUAGAGACAAUCUCGGUGAGCUCAGAGAUCGAAGCUCCUCUGGACUGCAGAAACUGAAGCUUGGGCCCGAGUGAUCUCUCGGCAUCUGCUAUAAGCAACUGUGGGUAAUCCGCAACGAUGCUCGAGAUCUGAGAAUCUGUGAAACCAUGGCUUCUCAACAGAUUCAGAACGGAAUCAGGAUUAUCCUUGUCCCCGAAGCUGAUUUUUCUCGAGAUUGAUGCUGCGAGUUUUCUACUUAAACCCAGUGAAUCAACGAGGUAAGAGACAGUAAAGUUCUGAUCUUUUCGACCAUCUCUAGCGCUCACAUUAGCAGCAGUAGCAGAGGAGAACGAACUGGGAAAAACAGGGAGGUUCACUGAAGAUCUCAAACUACGACAUUUCUGCAAAUCGACCAAUCUUCUUCCAUGGAGUAUCAGAGAAUACAUGAGACAGAGCCAGCAAAUGUCAAACCGUAGAAUCGAUUCGAGAAAAGGAAUCGCCCAGAUACCUCACUCAUCGAUCAUAACGAGUGGGAGAAGAAAG